AUGACCGUAACGGACCUCAAAUCAGUUAAUGUUGAGGAGGUUGACUUUCUCAGACGGUCUGGCUUUUCAACUAGCCUUCUAAUCCUGAAUCAAGAUCUGGGUAAAGUUUGCGCGAUCAGAAAAUGUGACGACAAGUAAGUUUUUAGUUGUAAAAGUGCUAUUAUUCUCGUAGAAAUGUGGAUAAACAAAUUUCUUUCGUGGAGUUCUACAAUAUUCUAAACCUUCCGGCAAUGUACUUGGAAGUCCAGAUCCCUUUUGUUGAUAUAAUCGUUGAAAGCGGGAUAUGGCUUGGGAAAAAAGUCUUGCUUGGGUGCAACGACGGUUCCGUGUUUUUGGUUUCCCCAUUCAAAACGAAUAUGGAAGUGAGUUGUUUAAAACAAGUUUUAAUUAUUUUUUAGAGGCAUCCGUUGGCCGUUUCCUCAAUCAUUUCGGCAGCAAGACUAUCCGAUACACAGGCUGUUUUGGCAACAGGAUCAGGAGAACUGAAGUUUAUUGAAAUUCCGGAAGAUGGAAAGAUUGACUUGAAGAAGACGGUUGCCCUCAACUCUGACCAAAGGAUCACAUCCAUUGCUAUGUCUCCAAAACGUCCAUUGUUGGCUAUUGGGCUGAUCAAUUCUCUUAUGUUUUUCAAUAUCGAGACCAACAAACAGAAUAUUGUUCAUGUUCCUGCUCAAGGAAAUAAGAACACGGUCGUAUGGUCUUUGUUAUUCUUGUAAGUAAGAAUACUUUUAGAUAGUACUGUUUUAGAGAUGAACUAUUAUUUAGUGGAGACUCUCGUGGAAAGGUGACUAUUUACAAUGCUAACUCAUUUGCAGUAAUAAAGGUAAGCGUUAAAAUAGGGUACCUUAUUGCUUUAGAUAAUCCAAACACAUGAAACCGACGUCUUAUCUCUAUGCUCGGAUGGUGAGCAAGUCUUUGCGUCAGGCGUUGAUCAUCGAAUUCAAGUUCUGAAGAGUACAGCUUCCGUGAAUGUGAGAUCUGAUUGGAACACUGUUGGACAGAGGAUUAUUCACAAAAACGAUGUGAACGCAAUGGUCGCCGUAGGAUCGUGGCUAAUAUCUGCGGGUGCCGAACACAAAAUUUAUAUAUCCAACGCACGUUUUUACAUCUACUUCGCCAAGGGAAAGGUUGGGUUUUUAUUCAUUACGACUAAUAAGUUUGUUUAGAAAUGGGUUUCCACUGAUACAAGGAGUCUAAUGGCUGCUUCACUGCAGUCUGUGGAACUCUGGAGAUUGCACACGUCCAUUUCUGAUGCGUCUUUAUUUGGAAGCACUUAUGUUGUCAGAAAGGAUAAUGGUCCUACAAGAUUGUUAAGAUUGCUGUCGCCCAAGGGGGCCGUCAUUUACGACUUCUCUGUGUCUCCAGACUUUAAACAUUUAACACUUUUUACGCAAGAAGGACUUCUGUUAUAUUCGAUUAAUAUUACCAAGGAUAACGUAAAGGUGGAGAGGGUCUUCAGAGUGAAACCUGAACUGGCCGGAGAUGUGACGGCCUUAACUUCCACCAAAACGAAUGUAUUUGUUGCCCGGGGAAACGCUGAGAUUGUGAAGCUUAACUUCAAAUCCAAGAAGAUUGAAAAAAUUGCUUUUGCAGGUAAUAUUUUAAAUUUUAAAUGUAGUUUUGUUGUAACUGUAUAAUAAUGAAGUUACUGUUCACACAGUGUGAUUUCAGAUGGAGCUGCUACAAUAUCAAAGCUGCGUUCGAGUGAGGAUGGAAGGUAUUUGGUCGGAACCGACACAAGAUGCCGAGGUUUUUAUGUUGAUCUGAAGGCAAAGGUGGACUUAGAUGUAAGUUAAUUCUUGCCAUUUGUAAAACUUUUCCAGGAUGCGGUUGUCUUCAUUCCAUGUAAAGACGCCAUUGCGGACUUACGAUUCACAGGAACAAAACUGGUGGCUUUUACUCCUGGCGCUGAGACCAAAUUACGAUUGUUUGAAAUUGGAUCAAAGAAGUGCAAAAUCCUAAAAUUAUCGUCAAUUUUUGAAGGAAUCAAUAGAGAGAUUUGUUUGGGUAUUUCUUCCUAUUCAAAUGACUCAGUUAUCUUGCAUGGAAGCCAUGGGAAUGUUGUUAUUCUCGACAAUCUCUGCGAGGUAAUUUAACUUUGACGUAUAGUUAAAAAAUUCAGAAGUCUCAAAACUUGCAAUUAAUCCAAAGAUGCCCGAAUACGCUGGAAAAUGAAGGAGAUUUCGAGAAGUUGAGGUUCCCAGUGGAUGCCGAGCUGUUUGAAGGGAGUGAAAUUAACGGCGCCAACUCCCUGAUAGUCUGCCAGAAUAACUCGACGUCCCUCCCAACGCGUGCUCCGUUCAGAAUUAAGCGUUAUGGGCGUGUUUAA